UUGGUUUUCCUUUGUUAGUUGACUUGGUUCGCAUGUUCUAUAUAACGGUUUGGAAUUGCAUACCAAAUUAUCCACACUCUUCAUCUUCACUAAAGUCUCUGCUCCUUUGUUUCAUUUGAGUGAUGACUAACUCAAAAGCCUGUUUUUCUUUUGUUCUUAUUUUUGCAUUCUUCGUCUCUUCUCAUCAUGUCUUAGCUCGUGAAUUUCCCAAUGCAGAUAAUGUGGAAGUUGAUGACUUAAAAGGUUCAACAAACAACAACAUUCUAUGGACUAUUCCAUUAACACCAACUAAAACUGAAGAGGAUCAUUAUUCUAGAAACCCUCAUCAGGGUAAUGAUCCUGUUCUUCCUAUGUUAUUCUUUAGAAGAAACAAAAAUAAGAAACCACCAGAGACUAGUACACAUACUCCACCAAAACCACAACCAGAACAACACAUUCAUAACCCGAAUACCCAUCCACAUCCAUAUUAUCCAAAUGAUCCACCCACACAUCCAUAUUAUCCAAAUGAUCCACCCACUAAUUUUCAACGACCAAAUCCAUUAACGGGUGUUAUACCUCUUUUGGACCCAUUAAUACGUGGUCAAAAUGGAGAAGAUCCAGAAUCAGAGAAAGUUGAUCCAGAAUCAAAGAAGAUUCCUCCACCAGAUGAUGGAGAAGAAGACUCGAUGGAUAAUAUUGCUCAUCAUUCGAUUGGUUACAAUCCCUAUAGCAGUAAUCAAUACCAAUCCUCAGGUUUUGAAAAAAUUGGAAAGAGAUUUUCAGCAUAUAAUAUGGAAGAGGUUGAUGAGUUAAAAGGUUCAAACAACAACCUUGAAUGGACUAUUCCAUUAAAACCAACUAAAAUUGAAAAGGAUCAUUAUACUAAUCCUUCAAUUGGAAACUAUCAUAGGGAUUCUUAUCAGAGUAACACUCCUAUUCUUCCUAUGUUACUCUUUAGAAAAAGACGACCAGAGAGUGAACCACAUCCUGAUCCACCUCAUGGUCCGAAUCAUGAUCCAAAUACUGGUUCACAUGGUCCACAUCAUGAUCCACCUCAUGGUCCACAUCAUGAUCCACCUCAUGGUCCAAAUUCUGGUCCAUAUCAUGGUCCAAAUUCUGGUCCAUAUCAUGAUCCAAAUACUGGUCGAUAUAAUCCAUAUAAUGGUCCAGAUUAUUAUGGAGACGGAUCAGGGAUGGAUUAUCCGAGUGAUCCAUCUAUUAUAUGGCAAUAUUGGAACACGAUUAAGAAUUGGGGUAGGAAAAUUAAGGAUUGGUAUUAUUCAAAUCCAAAUAAUCCACAAGAAGAGAGUCCUCCAGUUGAUGAAGAUGAGCCGUCAUCAGAUCGUCCUCAUUCUUCAAUUGGUUACAAUCCUUAUAGGAGUUACCAAUAUUAUGUUCCGUCUGCACUACCCCAAACUCAAAGCAACAAUUACUACACUCUUCCCUUUAGCUACAAUCCAAAUCACUACUUACAAUGGAAUCAUCUCUUAAAAGGUGGUUACUCUGCUAAUUUUGCUGCCUAUCAACCCUCACCGUUUCAACAUAUUGAAGCAGAGAACUACAAAGAUGGAAAUGUAGUCUGGAAUCACAAAAUGAAGAGCCCUUCAGAAAUUGGCUGGAGCACAAAUUAUGGAGAUAACAAGGAACCAAUGAACUAAUUUCGACUCUGAGUCACCUAUGCCAAAUACAUAAAUAGAAUAUAUUAUGGUAGUGCUGUGUCAUACUACUUAUCCUAAACAUACUAAAUAAUACUUUACGCAACAUUGGUCUUUAGCUAUCAUGUGCCAUAUGUUGCAAAGCUGGGUUUGUUGUUAGUGUUUUAUAUGAAAUAUGUAUUGUUAAUGAUUUUACAAAGGGAGUUUUGUAUUUUCGUAGAACUUUUUUCACUUGUUUGUUAAUAAUAUAAUUAAAAAAUAUUUUACUAUAA